AUGUCGCACCCUGAGCCCACGCAGCCGGUGUACCUCGCCAAGGGCACCUCGCUCACCACAUCCGGCGGCCAGACCGAGGGCAUGAUCCGGAAGAACGCCAUCGUCGACAAGUGCGACGGCAUCUGCGCAUCGAGCAUGCUAGCCAAGCCACACUCCGCCUCGGCCGUCCAUCACCACGGCCCACAGGACACGGUCGUCUACGCAGUCGGCGGUCGCGGCACUGUUGUCAGCGAAGGGGGCAAGAAAAGGGUCGACCUGGAAGCUGGCGACUAUGCGCUGAUACCGGCCUACAUGGAGCACCAGGAGGUCAACGACAGCGACGAGGACGUGGUCUGGACUAUCGUCAGGAGUGGGAGGGUUCCCGAAGUUGUCAAUCUCAGUGGAUGGGGCAGAGAGCCUGUUCAGGGCUAG